GUCUGAGGACAAUAUAUAUCUUAGUAAUAGGCCUAUGAAAUUGUCUUUAAGAAUCUCCUUCACGUUUACUUAGAAUGGAAUGCACUGCAGCAUAUGCGUCGCGGCGAUCGGUGUGGAAAGCCAUUGUCCUUUAUUCGUUCGCCGUUUCAUUAUGCUUGGGAGAUAUUCGUUAUUCCUUUCCAGAAGAAAUGAAGCGAGGGUCAGUGGUCGGCAAACUUGCGCAGGAUUUAGGAGUCGAUAGGAAUACAUUUUCAUCACGGGAGCCAAGGAUUGAGUUUGAUGGAAAAAAACGCUACUGUGAAAUCAACGCGCAGAAUGGGGCAUUGGUUAUAAAUGAAAGGAUUGACCGAGAAGAGCUCUGCGGACAAAAGCCUUUGUGCACAUUAUCUUUUGAUCUCUUCAUGGAAAACCCGCUUGAACUACACCGUAUAACUCUGGAGAUUCAAGACAUAAACGACAACAACCCGGCCUUCCCCCACAGUGAGGUAAAAUUAGAUAUCCCAGAGUCCGCAGAUAAAGGGUCUCGGUUUUCCAUAGACGAGGCUGCGGACCCGGACAGCGGAAUACAUUCAGUACAAGGUUACAGACUCUCAAAUAACCCGCAUUUCAGUUUAGCUGUACAGACUAGUGCUGAAACUGGGAAAUAUGCAGAAAUAGUGUUGGAACAUGAACUGGACCGUGAAAAACAAGACAAGCAUUCUCUUAUUUUGACAGCUUAUGACGGGGGCAAUCCUCAGAAAUCAGGCACUGUAGUUAUACAAAUCCGCGUUUUGGAUAUUAAUGAUAAUAAACCAGUUUUUUCUCAGCCAGUCUAUAAGGUGAGUGUCCCUGAAAACCUUCUGGUAGACUCAGUUGUGGUUACCGUGAGUGCCAGUGAUGCUGAUGAAGGAGCAAACGGAGAUGUUACUUAUGAAUUUAGUCAUAUGCCAGUGAAUGCAAAACCCAUUUUUUCAAUAGACCCAGCAUCGGGUGAUAUAACAAUUAAAGGGUCAUUAGACUUUGAAGACAGUCCUUCGUUUGAGAUUCGAGUUAAAGCAAAAGACGGAGCUGGUCUAGCAGCCACUUCUAAAGUAGUGGUAGACAUCAGUGAUGUCAAUGAUAAUGCUCCCUUUAUCGUGAUUAAAUCUCUUAAAACGCCGCGGUAG